CAUAUGGUUUCUUUUACAAUACAUUAAUGUGACUUCGAUUUUGAAGAUAGAUAAUUUUCAAUUUAUAGAAAAAAUCAAUUGAAAAUGUGUUUGUUAAAAUCGAUAAUGAGUGAGAACGUUCUCGUUGCCAGAGAAACUUAGUGUUUCGUGGACUUUCACGAAUAUAUCGAAUAAACAUUUCUGACGAAUAUUUGAAGUAGGUGGAAUGUCGUUGAUUAAGAAACAACCAUAUAAAAUGUCCAAUCAAGAUGAUCACUGUAAACAAUAUCAUUUUAAGUUAAGAGAAGUUAAAUCAGCCAUUGAUACAAGUCCACCUAAAAGUAGAUCUCACGUUAUUUUUAAUGCUAAACGAGCACAAUUGGAACGUGAAAGACAAGCACAAAUACUUAAGGAUAAUUUUAUACUUCUACAAAAACUAAAUGCGAUUAGAUAUCGAAAACGAACUAAGGAUGAUUAUCAACGAUUAAUAUGGCAAGAAUCAAAAUGUAUUAGAGUACAUUGA